CAAAUGUUUUCAGCUCCAUCAUCCUUGUUAUAUAAUCUUUUUUUUUCACUUUAAAUUAACUCUUCUUCGAAUCUUUUUCGGGUGUCCUAGCUAGUUUCCUUUUUCUGUCUGUGGUUCCCCGAUCCCGUCCAAAGUAUCUAGCUUAUCCAACCUACGCCUCGACGGUUUUCUCUCUCUUUUCAGGUGGUUCAUCGUACACAACUCCUUUGUUCACUAUGUGAGUGAAAUGUUUAACAAAGAAAACAUUGGGCCCAUGCCACCUCCGGUGAUGCUACUCAGCGAUGGCGGCCAUGUCGAAAACCUCGCUUUGCUGCCUCUGUUGAAAAAGAGGCUGAAGAGGAUCGUUGUAGUGGACGGCGGUUUCAAGAAUAACGAAAAGUUGUACGGGGAGAGUCUUUUGAACGCGCUGAUGCUGGCUCGUAAGAAGCUGAACUGCUCGUUUCUAAGUGAAGAAGGCGGCGACGUGAUCUCAGACUUAUUCGAGAAGUUUGUAAAACCUACUGACCCCGGAAAAAAACCGCGUUUUUACAGAUUUAAAGUUAAAUACAAGAGAGACGAAACUGAAGACAAUCAGGACGGUGAAAUCCUACUGAUCGUACCAAGAAAACCGUCCCCAGACGGCGACACGGACGUGGAAGAUGCUGCAGCCCGUUCUACUGAUCCGUUUCCCGCCUUUGAUGGCCUGCACCCUGGUAUGGUCUUGAAGCAAACAGACGUCGACAAAUUGACGUUUUGCUGCUGUGAGUGUUGUCAUAGACGCUCAUGCCGCGGUUGCUCCUCAUGGUUUUGUAACGCCUUCCCACAACACAUCACGGCCAAUCAGUUUUUCACGCCGCGCAUGUUCGAAGCGUAUCAUCGGGAGGGGUACCGCGCAUGCAAAGAAGCCGAAGAUUGGUUUGAAGGCGAAAGGCAGCAGGGCGAGGCGACUGAAAACAUAAUGCUUGUGUGACACACAUUUUGUCCUCAAUUUUCACCCCGCAUAUUCUGUGCGGGUGACAAUGCUUGACAGUAAAAGGCAUAUUGUGCGUGUGUGUGUGUGUGAAAUUAUACGUGUAUUAUUUUUUUUUAAGAGAGUAAAAUCUAGGCAGACCUGCUCAUUUUGCUGUCUUUCAGCUGGAAUAUAGAUCUACAAAAGAUUCAGUUUAAUAUUGGAAAUUUGCGAUUCAAAAAUUGUUUCGUUGCGUUACAGCAGUUGUGUGACAGCUGUGACAAAAUGUGUAACAAGUUUGACAGUUGAGGCUAAAGUACAGUGACAACAAACGAGACGGGGGUACUUACCUAUUCAUGGGGGUCAUGGUAGUGGGCUCAAAACGCUUCUUUUUGGGGGGAGAUUUUCAGAAAAAUACCUCCUCGUAAAGUCACCAGAUUGACUUUUUAAUAAAAUAAACUUUACUUGAAUAGAAUCGACAAAAACUUAUUCCCAAACUGGUGCACCCCAGCCCAAAUUCGACCAGUCAUUUAUUGAGGUCACCUUUUUAUUAACUGUUCAAGACCAGUUUACAAGCCCUCUUUAUUGCGUGUUUGUGUAAUCGUUGUUAGAUUACUGAACCUGAAUGGAACCAAAGUAAUGCAGCAAAUGGUUUUAAGGCAGUCUCAAGCUGGUCUUAAGACCUGUUUGGUGUGACAAAGUGGCUAGCUGCCAUGACUAUUUUCAUCUCUUUUUGUGUGUGUGUGUGUUUUUUUUCGGCGGGGGUGGGGGAGGAAGCUUAAUUAGUUUGUAAGAUUUUUAGCUCUGCUAUAAUAAGAGCUAACAGGAAUUGUUAAGGACUUCUUUUAAGUGUUGUUUUCCAUAUAAACCAUCUUUGCAUUGUAAAGUGUUCACCGAAACCAAAUAAAAAUUUAAAAAAUGUGCAUAACAA